AGUCGUCUUCAGUCGUCUGCAGUCGUCCUUUGAAGCUAAAUCCAAGGCCUGUCGCCAGACGUCGACGUGUUCACGUGACCAGCUUGGAGGCGUCGCUGAAGAAGGCGACAGAAGGCGACAGACUGGGGGGGCGGAUUUGAUAGAUUGGCCGAGGCAAAGCCGGGACCGGCGAUUGCGUCGGUUGAUGAUGUCGAGACUGAGCAUUACAGAGCCAGUAGUCGCAACGCCACGCCCGCGCAACACCAAAGUCCGCACUCGGCACGCCUUGUUGGCUGCAUCCCAUCCCCAGCAUCGUGCAUACAGGCUCAUUGGGCGCGUGCUCUUUCCUUGCAUCCCGCUCGCUGCCUCCCACCGCGCUCCCACCAGCGGCUCCCACCCAUCAUGCUCCACGCCUCGUGGCGGGCUGCACUGCGCCAGACACCGCGCUCCAAUGCCACCCGCGCCGCCUCGCGCGCCGCCUCGCGCUUCCUGCCUGCACAAUGCUCCGCGUCGCUCGUCGCACGGCACCCGCAGCGAUGUCCGUCGCCGCCCGCCGCCCUGUGUGCCGCCCGCAGCUUCUCGGCCUCGGUGAGCCGGCCGAGGGAGAAAGACGCCAAGCCCGCGCCCGACGAGGCCGCUGCGGACCUUGACGAGGCGAAGAAGCCCAAGGAGCAGGACACGGCCGCCGACGAGUCCGAGGCCAAGACAAAGACGCCCGACCCGAUACCGGCGCGGCCAGGCCCCGGACGGGGCAGCGCAGCAGGCGGCGACGGCGGGUCGGGCGGCGACGGCGGCGGCGGCGGCGGCAGCCGGCGGCGCAAGAGCAGUGCCCUCGUCAAGCCGUCGAUCCCAGAGGUGUAUCCGCAGGUCAUGGCCAUCCCGCUCGCCAAGCGCCCGCUGUUCCCGGGGUUCUACAAGGCCGUCACUAUCCGCGACCGCGAGGUCGGCCAGGCCAUCGCCGACAUGGUCAAGCGCGGACAACCGUACAUUGGCGCCUUCAUGUUCAAGGAUGACGGCGUCGACAAGGACGUCAUCGACGACCCGAGCGAGGUGCACGACGUGGGCACCUUUUGCCAGGUCACGAGCGCGUUCCCCGUCGGCUCCGAGGACAACUUCGCCAUGACGUGCGUCCUGUACCCGCACCGCAGGAUCAAGAUGACCAGCCUCCUGCCGCCCAAGCACGACGAGCUCGAGUCGGCCGGCGAGGCCACCGCGGCCGAGACGCCCGAGGGCGGCGCUGCAGCGGCAGAGACGGCCGCCAGCGAGGCCAGGGGCGAUGUGGUCGCGAGCUUCGAGGAGGCGGGCGCCGAGUCCAAGGCCAAGGACGAGGACCAGACGCAGGCCAAGGACGAGGACCAGACGCUGGCCAUCCUCCGGGGCCGGCAGGUCAGCAUCGCCAACGUCGAGAACAUGGUCGAGGAGCCCUUCAGCAUCAAGGACAACAAGGUCAUGCAGGCCCUCGUCAACGAGAUUGUCAACACGUUCAAGGGCGUCGCGCUCCUCAACCCCAUGUUCCGCGACCACGUCGCCACCUUCUCGGUCCACACCACCAUGAGCGUGGGCGAGGACCCGGUCAAGCUGGCCGACUUUGCUGCAGCCGUGGCGCAGGCCGAGUCGCACGAGCUGCAGGCCACGCUCGACGAGAUGGACAUUGAGAAGCGGCUGAGGAAGUCGCUCGAGGUGCUGAAGAAGGAGCUCAUGAGCGCGGAGCUGCAGAAAAAGGUCAGCGACGAGGUCAACAGCCGCGUUCAGAAGAAGCACCGCGAGUUCAUCCUCAUGGAGCAGAUGAAGGGCAUCAAGCGCGAGCUCGGCAUCGAGUCGGACGGCAAGGACAGGCUGGUCGAAAAGUUCAACGAAAAGGCCGGUAAGCUGGCCAUGCCCGAGGCCGUGCGCAAGGUCUUUGACGAGGAGAUGAGCAAGCUCUCUGGCCUCGAGCCCAGCGGAUCCGAGUUCAACGUGACGCGAAACUACCUCGACUGGCUGACGCAGCUUCCCUGGGGUCUCAGUAGCGCUGAGAACUUUGGCAUCAGCCACGCCCGCGAGGUCCUCGACGAGGACCACUACGGCCUAAAGGACGUCAAGGACCGCAUCCUGGAGUUCAUCGCCGUCGGCAAGCUGCGUGGGUCCGUCGAGGGCAAGAUUCUGUGCCUCGUCGGUCCUCCUGGUGUGGGUAAAACCUCAAUCGGAAAAUCGAUUGCGCGCGCAUUGGACCGCCAGUACUACCGCUUCAGCGUUGGCGGCAUGUACGACGUUGCCGAGAUCAAGGGCCACCGGCGAACGUACGUCGGUGCCCUGCCUGGCCGCAUCAUCCAGGCGCUCAAGAAGUGCCAGACUGAGAACCCGCUCGUCCUGAUCGACGAGAUUGACAAGCUUGGCCGCAACAGCAACCACGGCGACCCGGCCGCAGCGCUCCUGGAGCUCCUCGACCCCGAGCAGAACAACAGCUUCUUGGACCACUACCUCGACGUGCCCGUCGAUCUGUCAAAGGUGCUGUUCGUGUGCACGGCAAACAUGUCCGACACGAUCCCCCAGCCCCUGCUCGACCGCAUGGAGAUGAUUGAGCUGUCUGGCUACGUUGCGGACGAGAAGAUUGCCAUUGCCGAAAAGUACCUCGCGCCCGCAGCCAAGGAGAUGAGCGGUCUAAAGGACGCCGACGUCGUCCUCGAGAAAGACGGCAUCGUCGAGCUGAUCAACAAGUACUGCCGCGAGUCUGGCGUCCGCAACCUGAAGAAGCAGAUUGAGAAGGUCUACCGCAAGUCGGCGCUCAAGAUUGUGACGGAGCUCGGCGAAGACGCCCUUCCCGAGUCCGAGGCGCUCACAGAACAAGGCAAGGCCGCCAAGGACGAGGCCGCCAAGGACGAGACGGACGUCAAGGAGACGCCUGAUGGCAUCGAAAAGCAAACGGCGCCCAAGCCCCGCGUCGCCCUCAAAGUCCCAGACACAGUCCACGUCUCCAUCAACAAGGACAACCUCAAGGACUACGUCGGCCCGCCCGUCUUCACCGCCGACCGCCUCUACGACUUCACCCCGCCCGGCGUCGCCAUGGGCCUGGCGUGGACAAGCAUGGGCGGGUCCGCGCUCUACAUUGAGUCAAUCCUGCAGAACGCGCUCUCGGCGUCGUCGCACCCGGGCCUCGAGCGCACUGGCUCGCUGCGCGACGUGAUGAAGGAAUCAACCGGCGUCGCCUACUCGUACGCCAAAUCCGUGCUCGCGCGCGACUUCCCCAAGAACCGCUUCUUCGAGCACGCCCGCCUGCACCUGCACUGCCCCGAGGGCGCGGUGCCCAAGGACGGGCCCUCGGCGGGUAUCACCAUGGCGAGCAGCUUCCUCAGUCUGGCCCUCGACACGCAGAUCAAGGACUGCGUCGCCAUGACGGGCGAACUCACGCUCACAGGCAAAGUCCUGCGCAUCGGCGGUCUGCGCGAGAAGACCGUUGCUGCGCGCCGCGCCGGCGCGACAAUGGUUAUUUUCCCAAAGGACAACUUGAGUGAUUGGCUUGAGUUGCCCGAGAACAUCAAAGCAGGCAUAUCCGGCCACCCCGUCGAAUGGUACAGCCAAGUCUUCGACCUGAUCUUCCCGCAUCUCAACCGCGACGCGGCGAACCGCCUGUGGGAAAAGGAACUCAAGCCCAAAAAGGGCGAUCGGAAGAGGAAGGAGCAGAAGCGCAAGGAUGAGGACGAGGAGAGUGGUGAGGAUGACGAUUAGGGGGUGAUGGUUGUGCAGCGGAUAGGGGGUGGUGAUUGUGCAGCGGAUAGGGGGUGGUGAUUGUACAGCGUAUAGGGGGUGGGGAUUGUACAGCGGAUAGGGGGUGAUGAUUGCACAGCGUAUAGGGGGUGGGGUAGGCAUUGUACGAUACGAUAUGAUACGGUACGCUCUCGCAUCAGCGGCGUUUGGGCUUGUAGAUUAGAAGAUGUAGCGUCAGCGUCGGUCAGGUGUGAAUGAACGAUGGAUUCGUGUACAUUUAGUUCCCAACUCGAGCACGAGCGCAUGGCAACAUGUGCGCCAAAUCUGC